AGCACCGACUUUUGCUCAUGGACUCACGUGAUGUGAUGUGACAGCACCUGACACUGCACACAUCAGCAGAUGCAUCCGAACUCUGCAGCAACAACCUCGGUCUACUUUUAAAGGAGGAGACAACUCAGCUUCUUCAUCAUGUCCACUGACCCCGCAACAGAACUGCCGUUCUUCUACGGCAGCAUCAGUCGCUCGGAAGCCGAGCAGUAUUUAAAACUAGCCGGGAUGGCCGACGGCCUCUUCUUGCUACGGCAGUGUCUGCGUAGUCUGGGUGGCUAUGUCCUCUCUGUGGUGUGGAACUUGAAGUUCCACCAUUACCCAAUAGAGAAGCAGCUUAAUGACACGUAUUGUGUCGCAGGAGGCAUACCCCACCGUGGGCCUGCUGAGCUGUGUGAAUUUUACAGCAAGGACCCGAGCGGGCUGGUGUGUGCUCUGAAGAAACCUUGCUUGCGUUCCUCGGACACACCCGUCAGGCCCAGUUUGUUUGACAGCCUGAAAGAAAACAUGCUGAGGGAGUAUGUGAAGCAGACCUGGAACCUUGAGGGUGAAGCCAUGGAGCAGGCUAUCAUCAGUCAAGCGCCCCAACUAGAAAAGCUGAUUGCCACCAUGGCCCACGAGAAGAUGUCGUGGUAUCACGGCAAAAUCCCCCGACAGGAAUGUGAGAGAUUGCUUUACUGUGGAACACAACCAGAUGGCAAGUUCCUAAUCCGUGAAAGAGAGGACUCUGGUUCCUUUGCACUGUCUGUGAUGUAUGGAAGAUCUGUUUAUCACUACCAGAUCCUCCAAGACAAGUCAGGGAAAUAUUACAUGCCAGACGGAAUGAAGUUUGACACUAUUUGGCAGCUGGUAGAGUACCUGAAGCUGAAACCUGAUGGAAUGGUGACAACUCUGGGGGAUGCAUGCGUCAGCAAAGCUGCUGGAAAGAUACCGAGCCUCCCCGCAACCAGGCGAACAGGCCUAAAUAGCUACACACCGCCACCUCGAGCUGCGACUGUGAAGGCAGUCCCAUCUGCGCCUCCAGAAAAUGUUCUUCCCAUGGACUGCGUUGGCUUUAACCCUCAUCACAACCCCAACGACGUUAAGAUGUUUAACAUUCAGAGGAGUCGGCUUUUCAUGGAUGAGGUGGAGCUCGGCUCGGGCAACUUUGGCUGCGUCAAGAAAGGUGUCCUCCAAACUGACGAGGGCCAGUUAGAUGUAGCCAUCAAAGUGCUGAAGAGUGACAACGAGAUGCUAAUGAAGGAGGAGAUGAUGAGGGAGGCAGAGAUCAUGCACCAGUUGAGUAAUCCCUUCAUUGUUCGGAUGCUGGGCUUAUGCAGCGCUGAGAGUCUCAUGCUGGUCAUGGAGAUGGCUCCAAAUGGACCGCUCAACAAGUUUCUCUCCUCCAAUAAGGAUAGCGUAUCAGUGGAGGACAUUGUCAACCUGAUGCACCAGGUGUCCAUGGGAAUGAAAUAUCUGGAAGAGAAAAGCUUUGUGCACAGGGACUUGGCAGCUCGAAAUGUCCUGCUCGUCAACCGACAGUUUGCCAAAAUCAGUGACUUUGGGCUCUCCAAGGCCCUGGGAACAGACAGCGAGUACUACAAGGCCCGUUCUGCAGGACUAUGGCCGCUGAAGUGGUAUGCUCCUGAAUGUAUUAACUACCGCAAGUUCUCCAGUAAAAGUGACGUGUGGAGUUUUGGCAUCACCAUGUGGGAAGCCUUCUCGUAUGGCGGAAAACCUUACAAGAAAAUGAAACAAGUGGAGGUGAACAGUUUCAUUGCAAGUGAGAAACGCUUGGCUUGUCCGCCCAAGUGUCCUGAUCGAAUGUAUGAGCUGAUGCAAGAAUGCUGGCAAUACAAACAUGAAGAUCGUCCUGACUUCAAAAAUGUGGAAGAGACCAUGAGAGCUUACCAUUAUUCCAUAUCAAAAAAGGUUAAGCCGUUGGGUGCUGCCACUGCCACAGAGCCAAACAUGUCGACAUAAAAACAAAGCACAUUCUGUUUCAUGGCUACACAAUGUGUCCAUUCAGCUGAUCAUUAAACAAGCAAAACAAAGAGCUAUUUAUCAGCCGUGCACACUGGCCAGUGAUACAGCUAAAAAAGGCUUGCUGGCCAUAAUUAAGCAUCUGGAACAAAAGUGUUAGCUGCAUUUUUGUUUUUGUCUGUUUGAAUAUCUGUAUCUUCACAUUGAUGAGCAAACUGCUCCCC